AUGGUCAAAAGAUCUGCAAGUCAAAUUCUCGAGAGCCCUAUCAACAAGGAAGUCAGGUUAUCUGACGUUAAUGUUUGGGGAUAUUUGAUAUCCUCGCGUGGUUUUAUUACUCUAGAUAAAAGUUUUUAUAUGUUGGGUAACCAUGAGGGAUUAGAAGAAAAUUACAUACAUUUAGAAGGAUGUGGAGAGAUAUUCUUUGCAGGAAUACACUACGAUGAAAGUAAUGGAGCCAUCAUUGAAAAUUUAUGCCAAGACGGAAUGCAAAGAAAAAUAAAGAAGUGGGAUUAUGUAGCACUUAAAGAGAGUUUUAUAUUACAAGAUGGAACGAUCUUAAAAUUUAAACGUCAUCAAGAUUUUGAAAUAUGUGGUUCUGCUGGUAGUUUAUGUGAAGUGAAAAAUAAAUGUUUCCUACAUAAAUAUGAGUUCGUAAAAAGACUUGGAGGUGGUGGUUUUGGGAAUGUCCAUCUUGCUAGGAAUAUUUAUGAUGGACAACUAAUUUCGAAAUCAUCAUUACGAAUGGUGUAUAAUGCAAUGAAAGAAUUGCAAGACUUGGUCGCACGUGAAGGAUUUCACGAUAAUCAAUUAAAGAAUUAUUAUUUGAUAAUGGAUUGGGUCGAACACAAUUCAUUAUCGACAUGGAUCCAGAAGAAAGGCCAUGUUAAUAGUGAGGCUAUUAGGAGCAUUAUCAAAUGUCUGGUACCUAAUCUGAAGCCAGAAAAUGUACUUGUAAAUAACGAAAAUCCUCUUUCAUUAUUAUUUACAGAUUUUGGGUUAAGUAGCAAAUUAAGCUCGAAUCCAAGUGAUGCGAGAGGUACACCACUGUUAUGUGCACCUGAGGUAUUGUUGAAGAGCCUCCAAAACGAAUCUACAGAUUGGUGGUCAUUAGGACACCUAAUAUUUAAUUGUUACAAGGGAGGUUAUUUAUUGCAACCUAUAAAGGCAGGUGUUAAAGAAUUAUUGGCAGAGAUUGAUCACAAGUUGCUAAUAAUCAAGGAAGGGAAGGAACCCGUGAUCAAUAGGAUGAUAAAAGAGGGCAUGUAG